CCUGAAGGAGAAAGUGUUUUUUGUACGCUUCCCCUCGUUAGAUUCCGACCCCUGCGUUCUUGAUUUCUUAUGCUGUUGCGCGACAGAUGCCGCCUUUGAUCGCGUCGUCGGUGAAUCCCGAAUGAUCGCUGCCGCUUCUUUCUGAUUUGCUCAAAUUUUAGUCAUUUCUCAUGAUCGAAUCACUUGCGAGUAUAGAAGUAGCAUCUUGAUUCCAAGAAUGUCUGUCCUCAAUGAUGGCAGCUCGCCUCCUCAAUCUCCGGUCACCAUUGAGCAGCGUGCCUCGAGAUGCUUCGAUGAUCUCUUUGAAUCCAUCGUCGUGGAUAUGGCAUCGGAAUGCCAUCGGAUAGCGAGGCUGGGCCUCGACCGCAACCUGGAAGAGGAAGAGGAGGAACUGCGGCUCUCCGCGCAAGCCCGGAUGGAGAAUCUUGGCAGCAGUAGUGAGUACAAUAGCAAAAAUGUGGCUGACAUCUUCGGCCAGACUCAUCCUGCCAUCCCCAGCGAGACCUUCGAUUGCAUGAACUGUGGUCGCCCCGUCACGGCCGGAAGGUUUGCCCCUCACCUAGAGAAGUGCAUGGGCAAGGGGCGUAAGGCUCGGCCAAAGAUCACUAGAAGCACUACAAUUGCAAGAAAUCGGCAUGCUCGUGGCAGUCCAGUGACAGUUUUUGCUCCCUAUUCCACUACUCCCAACAAUAACAUAAUUCCCGAUGACACUCCAAGAACAGGUGGGGAGGAACUUGCAAACUGCAGAUUUGAGAAGCCAUGAUACUUCAAAGUCUUUAAGCCUUUUAUUAAAGAUGGCUCACUCGUGUUCAUCAAGUUCAUGAAGAUUAUGUGGUGCACAUUAUACAGAAAUUGUUAUAUCUUUCAGAUUGGUGCUGAGUUCAUAAUUUCCUGCAAAAGGUUUUUAUGCUGAAUCUGCGAGGCAUGUGUUUUCACUCAUCCAAGUUCAAGUUUGUGGUUACUAGCUACUUUUGAAGGCAACCAUAGAUUUUAGCUGUUUUAUUUUGCUUUCUUGAACCACAAAUGGCUUACAAUAAAUACAAGCAGCAUUUUUGGCUUCUAUAUGUCA